UCUCACGACGGAGCGCCCGACGAGCAGACGGCUAAGGUUAUAUAGGUAAUUUUAAAGUGGAUUUCCGUGCUCAGGACCACUGAACGGCCAUGGAAGAACUUACGGCGUUCGUCUCGAAAUCUUUCGACCAGAAAACCAAGGAGAGCAGUAAGGAGAGUAUCACGUAUAGGGAAGUUUUGGAGAGUGGCUUGGCGCGGGCGAGGGAGCUAGGGAACUCGGAGACAAGUCUACAGGACAUAACGGAAGGCAGCAACCACUGUCAAGUACAUCUAUUCAAGGAGCACGUAGAGCUAGAGAAAGAAAAACUCAAGGAGUUUCAUGUUUCAAGGGCCACAGAAGGUACGUUUUUAUCCACCCGCUCGAGUUGUAGUGUGAAUGUCCGAGAUCCGUCGCAUUCUUACACGGACCAAGCCCUUGGUUUUUACAAUAACCGACAUCGAUUGUAAAAGUAGUGUUGCCAAAAUAUUUACAAGCUCAAAACUGUAACGAAAACAUUUCGAUUAUUGCAGUUAUUGUGGAGAUUAUCUCGUAAGCACGGGUCUUAAUAAUUUGUAGAUUCUUCGAAACACUAUAAUAGCCUACUGUGAAAAGAAGUGGUCCAAACGAAUGUAGCCUAUAUAAUAUCAAUAUACUCUCACUGCUGUCGAUCAUUGUAGUCUAUUUAAUAACAAAUCAUAUCGAUGAUUAAUCACGUAUUGUGGCGAUGAGAUUCAUAAUGAUAGGCCUCAUUCAAUGUUUCCACUGCACAACGAAUAGGAGUGAUACUUUCUCUUCUGCCAGUCAGGAUGCAGUAACCUAAUACUUUACAUUUUGUUAAUUGGACAAUACAUUUUUAUUCUGACUGUUCACCUUUAUGAAGUGUUUCUUGCUUGCAUUUUCAUGAUAUAACAUAUAUAGUCUUACAAAUAACUGCAUACACAAAAUUAGCCCGUGCACCUCGAAGUUGGAUGUAUGCUCUUGCACUGUAAUAGGCCUAUCAGUGUUUGGAUGUAAGUUUUCCACAACCUUUUUGCAUAGCACACAAGUGGUCCGUCUAUAGGUCCGUCUAUAAUGAGGAAAAACAAUUGUUACAGACAACACAUAAGGUGAUGCUAGUAAUAAUGAUAUACCAAGACUUUAGCCCCGGUAAUAAUAUGUUUAUAACCUAUCAUCAAUACCUAUCUCAACAUAACUGUCUUUUACGCAGAACUAUUAACUUGUGAAAUCUUGUCAAAUAUUUAGAUUGAUAGACUUUUAUACACUCGAAGUUAAGUUAUUUAUCAGGUUUAUAAGGUUUAACAGCCGUGGAAAUGGUUUGUUGUAAGAUAGAUAGGCCUAUGAUAUCAUAUAAAACAUUUCCAGGAGAAUAAGGCUAAUAGAUCGUAGUUAGGUUACAAACACCACGAAUAACUUUUUUUUUCAAUCUAGAAGCAAUAAUAUGUUUUUAUCAUUUUUUUGGUAUAAUUCACAAUGUACUGUAAAACAAUUACCACUAUAAUUUUCCAAAAAUAAUAAUCACAUUAAAUUGUUGGUGUUGUGUAUAGCCGUGCUCAGUUUCAGAUUGUGAAUAUUGUUGCGCUUUCGGCUGGGCAUUCCUGCUAAUGAAGGUGCCAUGUGCAGACUAUAAAAUACCAUUGGGAAAUUAUAAUUAGACCUAAAAGUUACAUGCUUUUAUGAUCGAGGAUAUCAUAAUGUAUGUGUUUGAAUCAUUUUCAAUAUAAUCAAUGGUAAUUUGUUUGUAAAUUUGCAGGCCUGUAUUUUGACCAAUAGAGAUUGAGCUUCUGAAUCAUGUUCUCUUCUCUUUCUCUGGCUGGCUACCAUAUCAUAUACUAUAUAUCCCAACAAAUAAAUAUAGGCUACACAAGGAGCCUGUGUGUGUGUGUGUGUGUGUGUGUGUGUGUGUGUGUGUGUGUGUGUGUGUGUGUGUGUGUGUGUGUGUGUGUGUGUGUGUGUGUGUGUGUGUGUGUGUGUGUGUGUGUGUGUGUGUGUCUGUGUGGACGUGUUUAACUAUCCUUGUGGGGACCAGAAGUCCCCACAAGAAUAGUAAACAAACAAAAAUGUGCCCAACUGGGGACAUUUUGUUGGUCCCCACAAGGUCAAAUGCUAUUUCUAGGCAGUUUAGGGAAAAGGUUAGAAUUAGUGUUAGGGUUAGAAUUAGGUUUAGGGUUAGGGUUAGGGUUAGUUUUAAGGUUAGGAUUAGGAGCUAGGGUUAGGUUUAGAGUUAGGGUUAAGGUUAGGUUUUUGGGUUAGGGUUAGGGUAAGAUUAAGAGUAUGGUUUAGGGUUAUGGUAAGGAGUUAAGGAAAAUAGGAUUUUGAAUGGGGCUGAAUUGUGUGUCCCCACAAGGUUAGCUGCACAAGACAAUGUGUGUGUGUGUGUAUGUGUGUGUGUGUUUGUGAAGGCAAGCUGUAGUUGCAGAUGCAGGUGUAAGAGUUUGUUGUGUUUAAUCUAGAAGUGUACAGUAUUUUAAAACGUUGUGUGUUCACGCAGGGAUAUAUGAGUGUAAAGAGAAGAAGGAGGACGUGAAGUCUGAGGACGAAGACGCACAGAGCAAACUGAAGCAGCGGCGGAGCAGGACAAACUUUACCCUGGAACAGCUCAACGAGCUGGAGCGCCUGUUCGACGAGACGCACUACCCCGAUGCCUUCAUGCGGGAAGAGCUGAGCCAGAGGCUGGGACUGUCAGAGGCGAGAGUGCAGGUAACACCCGGUCUCCAUCAACUGAAAGUGAAAACCAUACUAUAAAUCUGCAGGGAGAAAGGUAUAAGCUUUUGGACAAAACCCUAGAUAGGUAUGUCCUUAAGUUGCAUCAACUUUUUGUACAAAGCGCAAGGCAUAAAGGAUUGUUCUAGGCCUCGUUUCACAGAGCCUUCGUAGCGUUAAGAUCAUCGUUAGAACCUUCUUACUAUGUAUCUUUAGUAGCCGAGGUGUUUCCCAGAGCAUUCGUUAGUAACGUGGUUAAAAACUUUUGCACAUCUACGAGUGAUGCAGACCACUCACAGAGCAGCCAAAGCGCAUAGUUAGAUUCUUUUUUUGCCCUUCCGCGUCACUUCACAGAAGAUCUCCGCUAAACACAGAAUCAAGAUGUUUAGGCUAUCUGUCUGACUGUGAAUGCUGCUAACUUCAGAACAAAAUGGACAACAAAUAGCCUACAAAGUUGCCAAAGUAUUUGCAAUUGUUACAGUUGGAUAAAAUGAUGCUUCAAAUGAAGAUCGAGAUGACUGCAUUAAAAGAUAGGCUACAUGGGCCUAUAUAGGCUAGGCCUAUUUUUUUUAUUUUUUUUAUUCAGGGGAAAACCCAUUGAGACCAGAGUCUCAACACAACAAUCAAAUAUAAUAUGAAACAAAACAGCAAUCAAUACAAUGUGAAAUAAAAAAUACAGCACUACACAAAAUGUAAGAAAAAGCUACUAAUUUACGUCCUCAAUCAACACAUUCAAUUGCCCGAGCGGCACCAGAACAUCCAAUUGUAAUGAGUUUUGUAAAUUGUUCCAGCAGUGAGUUGCAGUAAAAGCAGAUGUAUCUAAUUCGAUGGAGACCCGAGGAACCUCAAGAGUUAACCAACAAUGUGAACGGGUUUGGUAACUUUUAUGAUCGAGGAUCAUAAAUGUAACUCAUGUUUUUAUACUUCAACAACGAAGUUAGUUAAGUCAGAAGCGUGUGUAGUAGAGCUUUGUGGUCUACGGGACUUUAAUGAGGACCACCCAACCUUUUGAUACAAGAUGCAGUGAUGAGUAUUAAAACUGUCACUUGUGAUAAAGCGAAGGGCGCUACGGUAGACGGCAUCCAAAGGUUUAAGAGUGGCCUAGUGGCGGCUGCAUUAUGGUAAAUGGUGUUUCCACAGUCAAGAACUGGCAGGAAAGUUGAGUGUACAAUAUGCUUCCUGCUGUUUAGGGAACAUGAAAUCAAUUUAAUGUUCAGUCAAUUGUGUUCCAUUUUUGCGACUAGGCUACAGUUUGUAAUUCUUCUGUCAUUGUAUUUCAUGAUGUGUGACAACAUGUGCGCAAUGUUGUGCAAUUGGUGCCCCUGCACAUUAACUAUGUACCGGUACCCCCUGUAUUUAACCUGCCUUCUGUUAUUUUGCUUUACUGCUGCUCUUUAAUUAUUUAUUUUUCUUAAAAACUGCAUCGUUGGUUAAGGGCUUGUAAGUAAGCAUUUCACUGUAAUGUCUACACCUGUUGUAUUCGACGCAUGUGGCAAAUACAAUUUUAUUUUAUUUUAUUUGAUCUUGUGAUUUAGUGCAUUAUUAUUGGGUAAGCACAAUAAGCCGCCUCAAUAGCCUAUUUACAGCCAUUGGUGGUCAUAUCUCUCUCGGAGCUGAUCCGUCGUAAAUAAUUAUAAUGUUAAGGUAAACUGAUGAGAGAACAGCAAGGCUUUUCUUUCGAUCCUAUCAGUAUCUACACAUGGUCUAACGAUGCACUUAGCGAACGUUCAAUGUGCUUGUUUGGGGAACACUUAACAAGCUCGUGGUCUCCUGAGUGGCGCAGUGGUCUAAGACACUGCAUCGCAGUGUUAACUGUGUCACUAGAGAUCCUGGUUCGAAUCCAGGCUCUGUCGCAGCCGGCCGCGACCGGGAGACUCAUGGGCGGCGCACAAUUGGCCCAGCGUCGUCCAGGGUAGGGGAGGGAAUGGCCGGCAGGGAUGUUGAUAGAGCAUGGCGUUUGCAACGCCAGGGUUGUGGGUUCGAUUCCCACGGGGGGCCAGUAUAAAAAAAAUAAAUAAAAAAAUAAAAUGUAUUCACUAACUGUAAGUCGCUCUGGAUAAGAGCGUCUGCUAAAUGACUAAAAUGUAAAUGUAAAUGUAAAUAAGGAUGCAUCUGGUACGAUCAUCAUAAUGCUUAAAUUACAUGGCAACUGGGAAACGAGACCCUGAACAUGUUAGGGAAAAAAUGUGUAAGAGGUUGCCAGAUUGAGACGUCCAGAUACAGUGGCAUGUGGACAUAGGGGGCGAGGCAUGAAGAUUAGGCCUACUGUUUUUAUUUGAUAUUUUACCUUUAUUUAACUAGGCAAGUCAGUUAAGAUUCUUAUUUACAAUGACGGCCUACACCGGCCAAACUCGGACGACGCUGGGCCAAUUGUGCGCCCAAUCACGGCCGGUUGUGAUACAGCCUGGAAUCGAACCAGGGGGUCUGUAGUGACGCCUCAAGCAUUGAGAUGCAUUGCCUUAGACCGCUGCGCCACUCGGGAGCCCGGAGUAAUUUUGUAAUUCGUGCUUCAGAAUAAGGGUGGAUUUACAUUAGUAAAAUAUGUCUAGUGAGCGCUAUCUCUCUUCAACAUUACAUUUGACUUUUCUGUUUACACUAGCCUUGGUUGUGGUGUGGAAGAGCCAAAUGUCUUUACACUGUACCACUCAGAGGGGGGAAUGUGGUGUAGAUGUCCCACACUUUUUCCGGAGGUUGUGUGGGAGACAUCUCUUAAAGAUAUAUUUGAAUCUAGAGCCUUAUAUUUACACUACACAAGUAUCUCUAUUGGACCUAGUUUUUGUUGUCAAAAGAAGUGUAGUGUAAAGCAGCCGGCACUAAGAUGCAUAAGUUGGAUGUAAUGUAGGGCCUAGAUCAGGAAUGAUGUAUGGUCACAAAUGAAACACGUUGCAGAAGGCUAUACGGCCAACACUUUUAGGUUUGCAAUGCAAUAGCCUACUACAAACCAUAUUCAUAAGCAUACAAUUUAAAAACUAUGUGGCUAUAAAAUGUUUAGAUACAUUUAGGUUUACUUAAACAAUUUAUGUUGUCAUAUUGGUAAAGGGGAAAUAUUUGAAAGCGGUUACUUCAUAUUUAUUUCAGUAUGAAAUAAAUCAAAUUGUUAACCUGUCAGGUUUGGGGUAGAAUCAUAAUGAAAUAGCGUCUUACUAUUAGAUUAAAAAAUAUAUAUCUUAAAAUGAUUUUUUAUUUCCUUACAUUUCGUGAGAUAAACACGUUAAGGGGAGUCGUUUCAGGUGUACUUUAAAGACAAUACAUAUUCAGGGUAAAUUUAAAACAAUAGCCUUAUAAAUAUGAUAGCGCUGUGGUUUACGUUUUUAUAUCAUUUAUUCACCCACUUCCAAUUGUCACUGGUUAUCCUUAAUUUCAUAAGCUAUAGGUCUAAUAUUAUUUUGGUCAGCCCUGCCUGUUCUCUUGAGGCCCAGUUAUACGGAGAUGUAGCCUACACACUCCAGAUAAGUUGUUUUUAUGAUGCAAUGAGACAAACAUAUAAUGCAAUAUAAGAUACAGCAAAAUGUGUGGAUUUAACUGUCUCGACAUUGUGGAAAGCCACACGAGUUUAUUAAUUUGAUCGAUAUUACACAGAUUGACCUCACGACCUCGGUGAAAUUAGUUUGACAAUGUUUCUAAAUUAAAUGUAAGGCAAAUACUUCUCAUGGAUGGUAUCAAGUGCAAUAAUAGUGCAAUAAUAAUAAUAAUAAUAAUAAUAAUAAUAAUAAUAAUAAUAAUAAUAAUGUACUGGUUACUGUUAAAAUGGUAUUUAUUUAUUUUGCCAUAAAAUACUAUCCAUUGUCAAGCAAAUGCAUGUCAUGAUAACAGUGGCCUAUUUUUUGUAACAUUAGGCUAACCAAAAUACUGUUGCUUUAAAGCAAAUAUAAUUAUGCCUACAGCCGUUGCCUCAUCACAGUUGCUCAAAGUGGCAUUGGGUCAAUUUAAAGCUGUCUCCUCUCUCCUGGCAGAUUAUUGUAGAAGAAAAGUUGCUUAUGUGCUUCGGAAAAGUCUUACCACAUCAUUAAAAUGUAUGAAGAGAUUGUACGAGUGCUUAAGGGACACCCUUGUAGGCUAUCUGUCAGUCACCUCAUUUCCUCCCACGUAGUCUUUGUAAUUUGGCUUGAUAUACUGUUCCCUUAAAAAUUGAUUAGAAAUAGGCUAAUUCAAUUCUGCUGCAACUCAGUCUGUGGGACACCUCAUGUUCCGAGAUCUAGUCGGAGGAAUAAGUAAUAUUAUAAGUCUACACCCUGUGACAGCUUGCAAGCGCAACAUUACACAAAAAAAGAAGUCAUUUUAAACAGGGCCUAAAUCAAAUUGUGGUAAAACAGGAUAGGACAACAUUUAGCCCUACCUGCUAAAACGCAAUGGGAUAAAUAUUUACUCAACAUUUACAACAAUAACACACACUAUCAACACAUAGGCCUAUUUAAUGGACUGAAAUGGGCGGUUAGGGCCAAAAUCACACACCGUUCAAAACUACGUCGCAGCCUCUCCUUUUCGUGGCUAAGGGACCGGUUUUCGAUUUGAAAGGCCAAAUCUAUCGGAAGUCAAUUGUACGGCAGGUAUGUGGUACAUAUAAGGGUAUUAUCCUGCACUUAGGCGUCGAAACAGAAGCCUUACGCCGCGCGCAGCUGUCAGGAAUCUAAUGGAAAGUUAUGAGAGCUUGGUGAGAAGCGUGGAGUAAUUCGAUUAGCCCUCCGACUAAUAUAUUUAGGUGUCUGGUGCCGAGCUAAAUUAAAUGUCAUUAUUCACUGUCUCUAAUAAAAAUUCAAAGGAAAUGAAAUUAGGGUGUUUGUGAAGCGCAUCAUUGAGUGGUCCUUAAUGGAGAAAUAACUGUCGCAACCAGUGUAGUUCACUUUGAUUAGCAUUCUGGCACGUAGGCUAAUUGGAAUUGAUCCUGAGCUGUACAGUUGUUGAUUUAUUUGUAGUUUUUGUGUCAAUACAGACCUUUGAGAGACAACAACAGCAGUGAUUUAAAAGUAGACUAAUUAAAUAAAUCUCGUGAUAUAGCCAAGCCAAACACAAUCAAAUAAUAUAAUCAGCAGGAUAAGGAUAAUGAUACAGCCAUAGCCUAUAAUAAUAAUAAUAAUAACAAUCAGAAACAGGCUAAUAAUAGGUCAUAAUAGCCUAUUCCUAAAUUACUUUCUUCUAAACACAACAUGAAACAAACAUUUGUUUGCAGUAUUCAUUGGAGGGAAAGAUUGAGGCAAAUAAUCUGUAGGCAGGCAAUGUCAAUAAUGCAUACUUUAUCGACAAACGUAUUAUUGCAGUCCAAUCCACACGCCUUUAAUGAUGUUCAGUUGGUGUAAAAUGGCUGCGGCACCACGAGUAAUUAGACAUCGCCCUUUGUGGUCAUCUAGUCGCGAAUCCGGCUACUGUAAAUGAUAAUCAUUACUGGGGUCGGAGGGGAGAGAAGAUAAUGGAUUAAUGGUGGGAAAUUAGGUUGAUGAUAGUUAAAAAUAGGCUAUGCUGCUUCUGCAACCUGGGGAGCAAAAGGGCCUAGUUAGAUUACAUAGAGUAACAGUGACCUUUUUGGCACCGUUUGUUUAGCACUAGGCCUUCCUAAAUUUUAGUAUCGACAGUUAUUGUUUGGCUAUACAUUUUCUGCCGAUAUUUUGUACACAGCAAAUUCGCCAAUGUUAAAUCAAUGCUGACAGUGUCUACUGUAUAUGGGUCCACACUUUUCAGUGUAAAAUUAACACACUGCUUAGUGUAAAGCCUUAUUUUCAUAUUUCCCAGAGUGCCUUGCCUUUGGAGUGAAUUGUAGAGUUACCACCCAUUACUGUAUUUGUUAGUGACAGAGGCAGAGUCCUGUGGCCUAAGCAACUCUGUUAUCAUUAAAAUAAAAUUAGCUGUGUAUAUUAUUUUUGGCCUACUUAUACUUAUAUUAGCUAUAAUAGUGUAGGCAAUGAUUCAGUCAUAAGCCAUGAUUAAAACAAUAAUAGGCUACUUUUAUGAGCAGUAAAAUCAUCAAAUCAAUAUUCUACAAUACCCUCACACAGCAAAUUGGCCAGUGUUGAUUUUUCAGUGUAACAUUUCUAGUGUUGAUUCAUGAGUUCAAUUCACUCUGUUGUAAAAUAACCCCCAGUGUUGGUGUUAAUAACCAGAGUUAUUGUUUUACACUUUGGAGAAUAAAACAGUCCCAUCAAAACCACGCCCAUCAUUAUCAUAUUUCCCAGCAUUCUCUAAUUCAGGUAGAUUUUUUAAAUUAUUUUAAUAUCUGUGUUUUUGCAUAUACACAACCGGACAAAAGUUUUAGAACACCUACUCAUUCAAGGGUUUUUCUUUAUUUGUACUAUUUUCUAGAUUGUAGAAUAAUAGUGAAGACAUCAAAACUAUGAAAUAACACAUAUGGAAUCAUGUAGUAACCACAAAAGUGUUAAACAAAUCAAAAAUAUAUAAUAUUUGAGAUACUUCAAAUAGCCACCCUUUGCCUUGAUGACAGCUUUGCACACUCUUGGCAUUCUCUCAACCAGCUUCAUGAGGUUGUCACCUGGAAUGCAUUUCAAUUAACAGGUGUGCCUUCUUAAAAGUUAAUUUGUGGAAUGUAUGUCCUUCUUAAUGUGUUUGAGCCAAUCACUUGUGUUGUGACAAGGAAGGGGGGUUAUACAGAAGAUAGCCCUAUUUGGUAAAAGACCAAGUCCAUAUUAUGGCAAGAACAGCUCAAAUAAGCAAAGAGAAACGACAGUCCAUCAUUACUUUAAGACAUGAAGGUCAGUCAAUAUGGAACAUUUCAAGAACUUUGAAAGUUUCUUCAAGUGCAGUCGCAAAAACCAUCAAGCGCUAUGAUGAAACAGGCUCUCAUGAGGACCGCCACAGGAAUGGAAGACCCAGAGUUACCUCUGCUACAGAGGAUAAGUUCAUUAGAGUUACCAGCCUCAGAAAUUGAGCCCAAAUAAAUGCUUCACAUAGUUCAAGUAACAGACACAUCUCAACAUCAACUAUUCAGAGGGGACUGUGUGAAUCAGGCCUUCAUGGUUGAAUUGCUGCAAAUAAACCACUACUAAAGGACACCAAUAAGAAGAAGAGAUUUGCUUGGGCCAAGAAACACGAGUAAUGGACAUUAGACCAGUGGAAAUGUGUCCUUUGGUCUGGAGUCCAAAUUGGAGAUUUGUGGUUCCAACCGCCGUGUCUUUGUGAGAUGCGGUGUGGGUGAACGGAUGAUUUCCACAUGUGUAUUUCCCCCCGUAAAGCAUGGAGGAGGCGGUGUUAUGGUGUGGGGGUGCUUUGCUGGUGACACUGUCUGUGAUUUAUUUAGAAAUCAGCAUGGCUACCACAGCAUUCUGCAGCGAUACGCAAUCCCAUCUGGUUUGGGCUUAGUGGGACUAUCAUUUGUUUUUCAACAGGACAAUGACCCAACACAACUCCAGGCUGUGUAAGGGCUAUUUUACCAAGAAGGAGAAUUAUGGAGUGCUGCAUCAGAUGACCUGGCCUCCACAUUCCCCCGACCUCAACCAAAUUGAGAUGGUUUGGGAUGAGUCGGACCGCAGAGUGAAGGAAAAGCAGCUAACAAGUGCUCAGCAUAUGUGGGAACUCCUUCAAGACUGUUGGAAAAGCAUUCCAGGUGAAGCUGGUUGAGAGAAUGCAAAGAGUGUGCAAAGCUGUCAUCAAGGCAAAGGGUGGCUAUUUGAAGAAUCUCAAAUAUAGAAUAUAUUUUGAUUUGUUUAACACUUUGUUGGUUACUACAUGAUUCCAUAUGUGUUAUUUUAUAGUUUUGAUGUCUUCACUAUUAUUCUACAAUGUAGAAAAUAUUACAAGUUAAGAAAAACCCUUGAAUGAGUAGGUGUUCUAAAACUUUUGACCGGUAGUGUACAUUGAUUGAUUCAUCUUAUGCUACACAAAGAUAAAUAACAUAAAUGUUUCUAAACUAAUCCAAUCAGUUAGUUAGAUUUAAUGCACCUGUUACUGAAAUGGUUGUUCCAGUUUAAAUGGUAUAGGUAGUCUUCUUAUCAACUUUCCUACCCUUGACAGUCAUUCUGAAUGCAGGGUGCGGGUGAAUAAAAAAUCCAACUGUUGGAUAGUCUAACUCGGGCUGGAUUCCAAUAGGUUUUACACAUCACUUUGCAAGCUGGCAUAAUGUGACUUGCAGGCCUGAUGUGGCCUGUAAACCAGGAGUUUCCUAACACCAUUGUGUUAAGGUAAAAUUAGGCCAUCAAAGUAAGGCCUUAUGAUAUAUGUAUUUUCAUAGAGUUACAUUUUAACAUUUACAUUUACAUUUUAGUCAUUUAGCAGACGCUCUUAUUUAAAAAUAGCAUUUGCCUAGGCACUCACUUGGUGAAAGCCAAAGGCCUUUAAAAUGAAAUAAUUUGACAACCAUGUGUCUGUUACUAACAAAUAAAGUCAUGGAAAGUAAGUAUAAAAUUCACUCGAAAAGAAAAGGCACCCUGGGAAAUAUGCAAAUUAGGCUUUACACCAUACAAUAUUAAAACAACACCCCCAAAACGACUUACUGUAACACUACAGGUGUUAAUUUCUUACACUGAGAAAGUGUAACAGCGUCAGCACUAAGCAAAGUGUGUCCAGUUUACUCUAAAUCAAGUGUUGUUUUACACUGCAUAGCUCUCUACAGUAGAGCUUUACAAACACCACAAUCAAGUUCAUUUGAACAUUUUAAAAGUAGAAUGGGGAACACUGCAAGAGUUAAAUCUUUAAUACUUUCAAAAGUCUUAUUUUAACACCAGCACAGUGGGACUCAAAUGUUCACUGAAAAUAAGGUACAUUUAACACUUUCUGAGUUAAAUGUACACCAUUGAUUUUGCUGUGUAGUCACUAUUUACAUUUUGGUUUCCAGGUUUGGUUUCAAAACAGAAGAGCAAAAUGUCGAAAACAAGAAAACCAGAUGCAUAAAGGUAAAUUCUAUUUCACUAUCCAUCUAUUUGUUUAAUGAUUUGUGAUGAUUAUUAAGCUUGUACUUUUACACUUGCAAAUGUUUAUUCCACAUAAUUCAGUGUCAUGUAAAAGCUUUCUAUAUUGCUCGCAUUUCCUACAAGAAUUAUGUGCACAUGUACUGUAUUAUGUUAAAUUAUUAUAUUAUCACGUGCAAAAUGAAAAAUGUCAAUCUUGUAAACUUUGACCAACCAUUUCAGCCUUAUAAUCAAACAUAACUGUCUCACUGUCUGACAGACACUCCUUCCUACUUUCCAGGUGUCAUUAUGGGCACUGCCAGUCAUCUGGAUGCCUGCAGAGUAGCGCCAUACGUCAACAUGGGAGCUCUACGGAUGCCUUUUCAACAGGUAUGUUGUUUUCUAUUUUUCAUGACAUGAAUCCCACGUGAAUUAUUUACUUAGAAAAUGCACGCAUGAGUGAUUGUGCACAAGCAAACGUCAAUAUUCAACAUCCAUUAACUGACAAAAAGCUAUAGUUUCUAAAUGUGUUAGCAUGGUUGAAAGGUUUGAUGCAGUCAUACAAAUGCAUGCUACUUUCCCUCCCCUUUAAUCCAUUAGAAUGUGUAGUUGAUAUUGAGCCUCAAAAUAUAAACAACCAUAUUUCCCAAUCAUCUCUGAAUCUGAGAGAGAUAUUAAUGAGAGGUGCAUAUGCGCUCAUUAUGCUAAAAAUAGACACCUAUCGUCUGAUGUUGCGGUGUACAAAGGCUAGGGUGGCAAUUGAGAACUCUAUGGAGCUGGGGGGGGGGGGGGGGGGGGGGGGGUGUAAGAGUGUGCACAACUCAACUCAACCCCAGAACACCUUUCACCUUUGGGGUGUGUUGAGAGUGGUGUGUGUGUGUGCAUGUGUGUUGGAGAGUCAUUUGAUCUGGCGGUGUCUGUUUUUGUGUCCUGGCCGCUGCGUUGUCCGCCUCACCCCUGUGAAAAGCUUGGCUCUAAUUAAGCCAACACUGCAGCAAUGGGAGCACAUGAAAGAGAUGAUGAAAGCAGAGACUGGAGAGGGCGCUGAUGGAUAUUGGCCGUGAGCUGCGUUUGCAGGGAGGGAGGCACUACCUCUACCAGGCCUGAGACAGACAGGCCUCUCAUUGGCCAUUACAUAGUUUCAGCAAUCCUGGGUUCAUACACAUCAUUGGUUACCACCCAUGACUGUAUUUGUUAGUGACAGAGACAUGGUUGUAUAAUUAUUUCCUUUUAAAGGCCUGUGGCUUUUACCAAAUGAGUAUCUAGGUGAAUGUUAUCAUUAAAAUGAAACUUUAUGACAAUACAUUACAUAUAUCAUAAGGCCUUACUUUGAUGGCCUAGUUUUACCCUAACCCCAGUGGUGUUAGGAAACACCUGGUUUACAGGCCACAUCAGGCAUGCAAGUCACAUUAUGCUUGCAAAGUUGGAAACCUAUUGGAAUCCAGCCAGAGUUAGUGAUGUUACGUUUGAUACCAGAGCUCCGAGGCAUGCUUCGAAAUCGCUAAGCAGCUAACUUCAACGCAGUGUGCCAAUGCGUGUAUCACUUUAUCAGAAGUACAUCAUCAAUGACGUCCGAAGCUUCGUUUGAUCACGUGCUUUUUCAAACUGUGUGUAGCAAAAUGUGAGAUCCCACUGAUUUUGAUGUGGUUCCGGUGCUUUCUUUGUUUCCAAGCUGCUUUCAUACACGACCUCUACCGGACACCGUACUUACAAAUAUAGUUCAGAUUUUGUACAUGUAGUUUCACCUGACAGAUAGCUUAGCAGGUGGAGUAGGGAACUAUGGAACAUUCAGGUACGUGAGGGUAUGAGGUCAAAUCCUGUUGAAUGCACACUAUUUUAAAAAUGUUUUAUGUGAAACCACACUUUCUGCACUGUUGUGCAAAUAAUGUGUUGUAUUUAGUAUAAUAAGAUGCAAACCUGGUAUUCCAAGUGAUUAUAGGCUACUAAAGUCAACGACUUACCUCUGCGCCACAAAGUUUUGAUGAAAACAGUAGAGAAAAAACACAUCUAUCUGAUAAUCACGCGCUGCUAUUUUCUGCUGAACAGCAGAUGUCACUAAUGUGCUUUGCGAACGGAUAAUGAAGCUCAGAGUAACAAACCAUUUUUCGGCACAAUUUGGUGAAAGCUCCGAAGCUUUCAGAAAGCCUCGGAUUCCCAUUACUAGCCAGAGUUAGCAUAUCCAACUUUUGGAAUUAUUUAUUCACCCGCAACCUGCAUUCAGAAUGACUGUCGGGGUUAGUUUAAACAAUUUAAACCGGAACAAACAUUUCAGUAACGUGUGCAAUAAAUCUAACUAACUGAUUGGAUUAGUUUAGAAAAAUGUAUGUCAUUUAGCUUUGUGUAGAAUAGUAUUAAUCAAUCAAUGUACAUGCAAAAACACAGAUAAUAAAAACAAUCCUAAAAUAACAACCUGCAAUAGAGCUUGCUGGGAAAUAUGAUAAUGAUGGGUGUGGUUUUACAGAGUAAAUAAUAGUGGGUGCUUAUAUUUGUCCUAUUUCACACAAGUGUGUAUUAAUACACACGAGAAUUGGAAAUGUGUUUUUUGCAUAUCCCAACUCUCCCUGAGCCACCUUCGGAGAGUGGGGUCACGGCCAGGGUCUGCCAUUAACAACGGCGACCCUGGAGCAAUUAGGGUUAAGUGCAUUGCUCAAGGGCACAUCAACUUAUCACCUUGUCAGCUCUGGGAUUCAAACUAGCGACCUUUUGCUUACUGGCCCAAUGCGCUAACCGCUCGGCAACCUGCUACCCUAUAAAACCAUAACUGGUUAUUAACACCAACACUGAGGGUUCUUUUACACCACUGAGUGUGAAUUUCACUCUUACAGGGUGAAUUUAACUCCUGAAUCAACACUAGAAAAAUGUUACACUGAGUGGUCCUUAAAAAUGCUGGAGUUGGUUGCCUCUAGGGCAAUUCAGGCGAAUGUUAGAGGGCCUUUUUACUGAAGAAUGUGUUUGUUUCAUAAGAUUGUGUUUUGCUUUUCGUGUUUUGUGUUUGCUUUUCAUUUAUUGUGUAAUUGAUGUGUAUAUAGAUAUGUAUAUUGUAAUUGUUGUUUAUUGAUGUGUUCAUGCAGGGCUCAUCUGCGAAAAAGACCGUGGUCUCAGCAUGACUCCCUACUUAAAUAAAGGUUAAAUAAAUAAAUAAAUAAAUAAAUAAAUAAAUAAAUAAAUAAAUGUUGACCACCUGUUGUGCUGGGGACUGAAUACAGAUUCCAUAUAUUCAUUUGAGACAGUUUCACACAACAGGACAAUAAUCCUGCAGCAACCGGAAAUGUGAAUUGUUAUGUGGAUUAUAGUAAAUUGUAAUUUUUAUAGGGGUUGAUCAAAUUUUCGUUAGACAAGAACAAGUCAGAAAUUUUAAAGUGGAAAUGUCUAACUUUAAAAGCCUUUUUAAACCUUGAAUACACAAGGGCCUCCCGAGUGGCACCGCGGUCUAAGGUGUCACUACUGACCCGGGUUCGAUCCCAGGCUGUGUCACAGCCGGCCGUGACCAGGAGACCCAUGAGGCGGCGCACAAUUGACAGCGUUGUCCGGGUUAGGGGAGGUUUGGCUGGCCGGGAUUUCCUUGUCCCAUCGCGCUCUAGUGACUCCUUGUGGCGGGCCGGGCGCCUGCAAGCUGACUUCGGUUGCCAGCUGGACAGUGAUUCCUCCGACACAUUGGUGCGGCUGGCUAAGCGAGCAGUGUGUCAAGAAGCAGUGUGGCUUGGCAGGGUCGUGUUUCGGAGGACACAUGGCUCUUAAGUUGCCUCUCCCGAGUCCGUAGGAGAGUUGCAGCGAUGGGACUGUAACUACCAAUUGGAUAUCAGGAAAAAGGGGUAAAAGUCCCCAAAAAAUCACUUGAAUACACUACAAGUUUGCAUUUCUUCCUGUGCAGGAAAAUUCCUUCAACAACAGGAUGGUCAUCUGAAGCGCCCGUAGCAGCCCUGUUCCAUUUCACUGAUCUGUCAAGCAAACUUUACAACAACACGCUAAGAGAUCCCUUCUGAAAGAGGGGCUCCCUUCUGUGUUUGAUUGACAGUCUGUAUUGAUACAUUUGUAACAAGGCCCUUUGUUUGAAUGUUAGCCAUGCCUUAUGAAAAGUUAGUAUCCAUGCAUCUGGAAUCGGGCCUAUUUUUUAAGUGUUUGGGAACAGUGACAGUUGGUGACCAAGGGAAAGAGAAUAUGGAGGAAGGCCUACUGGGUAUUUAUUCACUGCCUCGUGUCCGUGGGUCCUGUCACUGAAAUGCAGUGAGAGUACAAAUACUGGUCAUAGUAUGCAAUGAAAUACCGUCCAAGAAAGCAUAUUUUGGGGUUUAUAUUAAUUCUCUCUUGCAUUUUCCAAAAUGAAAAAUUGGUCGAAACAGCUGGCUCACUCUUAAAACGUUUACGAUGCAUUGCUUAAAUUAAGUUUUAUUUGGGUUGGAUGAGAAAGCAAAAGGCUAUCCACUUCUCUCCGUGCUUCCUGUGGCAUUUGAAACACAUGAGAAAUGGCAAUAGGCAAUGUAGCUCUCCCUCUGAAGUACAGGGAUGUGUAAUUUUCAACUACUUCUCAUAAAAUAAUUGCCAAGAAUGUGAAAACUGAUAUUCUAUGACUCGCUUUCCCUUUGCUCAGGAAUAUGCAUGGAUAACUAUUUAUAACUCUAAAUACGUUAAUCUUAUUGGGGUGCAAAAUUGUUUAUUUAUGCAAUUGAAUCCAUAAUCAGGAUAACAAGACUUUUCCAAGGUUAUGAGGGAGUUCUCAGUGUGAAUUAGAGAAAUCUGUUCAGGGUCUUAGAGAAACUUUGAUUCCAGGCUGUGAAAUUGGACAUGGUGUCUGUGAAGUUAUGUAUGAUUCAUUAACUUUAAGAAUAGCUGACAUGAAAAAAGGACUCAGAGAGCAGUUCCUAACUAUUUUCUUACAAAACACAGUAAGCAACAGCUUUGAGGGGGUAGAACUUGAAGGGGAAUUUAAUAGUGUCAAACUGUGAAACCUAAACCCUCAGCUCUCCUCACACACACGCACACACACAUACACACACACGCACACACACACACAGCCUGAAGGGCUGGGAGGGACUCACUAACCCAGGGUUUGUUUUUGGUUGUCCUGCAGGUCCAGGCCCAGCUCCAGUUGGAGGGCGUGGCUCACUCCCACCAUCACCUGCACCAUCACCUGGCAGCGCACGCACCCUACCUGAUGUUCCCGCCCCCACCCUUCGGACUUCCAAUCGCCUCGCUCGCGGACUCAGCCUCUGCUGCGGCGGCCGUGGCAGCGGCUGCCAAGAGCAACAGCAAGAACUCUAGCAUCGCCGAUCUCCGACUCAAGGCAAGAAAACACGCUGAAGCGCUGGGUCUCUGACCUCACCGGGCUUCCCCUCCACUUGCCCCACGCCCUCAUAAUCACCCGCUUCUCACACAAGACUGAGCCCAGUGAUCGGGUCUGACACUUACAGCUUAAACAAAACAAAUCCAAAAUAAAAAACACUGAGAGGGAGAAUGUGAGAGAGACAGAGAGAGAGAGAAAAAG